UGAUAGCUUCGCUCGCUCUCCAAUCGAUUUGCCUGCGAACUCUAUAAGAGGCAGCCUCAGGUGGCCGGAGCUGGCUAAACUGGCUGUCUCGCCGAGAUGUUGGACACCAUGUGGCCGCCGUUGUUGCUGCUCCUGAUGCUCCUGCUGGGCCGGCAGCUGCAGGCCUUCGACUACUGCGAUCCGACCCUGUGUCCCGGUCCCGAGCGGCACAUAGCGUGCAACAACUUUGGGGAGCUGGCCGACACCUGCAGUCCGGAUGCGCAUGUGGUGCGGAUCACGACGGCACGCCGCACCAUGAUCCUCAACGAGCUGAACGAGUACCGCGAUCGGAUUGCGAGGGGCGAUCUGCUGGGCUUCAGUCCGGCCACCCGGAUGGCCACUUUGCAGUGGGAUCAGGAGCUGGCCAGUUUCGCCGAGCUGAAUGUGAAGCGGUGCGCAUUGGUCAACGAUCAUUGCCGGAAUAGUGAGCAGUUCCGCAAUGUGGCCCAGGUUGUGGCCGAGGGCGGCUGGCAGGGGGAUCCAAUGCCGCCUAGCUAUCCCAAUGGUGGCCCCAAUCCGGAGCCCACUGGCCCCGUGGAAUACCACACCGAGGACGAGGUGAUCAAGGCCACGCUGGAGCAGAUGUUCGCCGAGUACAAGGAGUGCAGCAUGCGGGACAUCAUCGCCUUCAGUCCGCCCAGCAACAGAAUCCUCCGCUUGCGUGUCAGCAAGUGCAUUGCCUACUUCACACAGCUCGUCCGGGACAGCACCACCCACGUGGGCUGCGGCAUCCUGCGGCAGACGAAGAACACCACCAACGAGGCGGGUCAAUGGCUGACCAGUGUCCACCAGUACAUGACCUGCAACUUUGUGCGGGCGGUCGACGUGAAUGCCCCAGUCUAUCAGAGCGGCGAUCGCUCCGCCACCGAAUGCCGCAGCGGACGCAAUCCGGUCUUCAUCAACCUGUGCUCCGUCAACGAGAUCUACGACUCCUCCACCCUCCCGCUGCUCUUCUGAGGUGGCAAAUCCUCCCAUUCCACAGCCAAUUACUAAUUUUAAUAAAAAGGAAAGGAUUCAAAUGAA